UGUGUGUGUUGUAUACGAUGAACUCGCACUACCUUUUCUGUCGUUUCUUUUUUUUUUUUUGACGUGGAGGAGGAGGAAGUCGACGCCGCGUAUUUCUGUAUUUAUUUAUAUCUGGAAAUUUAAUUUUAGAGAUUUCAAAAUAGAUUGAAACGGUGUUCAUUUAUUAGUUUCAAUUGAAUCUAUACUUCCUAUCGCUCAACCCCAGAUCUAUAUAUAUACUAUAUCCAACAUGUCUACAUUCUUCGAUGAAAUGAAAAAGAACUUCACUGAAGUUCCAGUGGUUGACGAUAAAAUAGACACUGCCUCAUUCUUAGAAGCUUCUGAAUCAUUAGUUAAAUUAUUCGAUUUACUUGGUUCUUCAGCCUUUGCUGUGGUUCAAAAGGAUAUGACUGGUAACAUCACUAAGAUCCGUGCUAACUUAUUAGCUGAUCCAGUAGGUUCUGCCACUUUACAAGAUUUAGUUUUAUCUGAAGCUAAAGGUAAAUCUAAAACUGCUACUCAAGGUUUAUUAUGGUUAUCAAGAGGUUUACAGUUCACUGCUCAAUCCAUUAGAGAAACUGUUGAUAACCCAAGUUACGAAUUAACUAAAACUUUCACCGAUGCUUAUGGUAAAACUUUAUCUCAAUAUCAUAAUUUCCUUAUUAAACCAGUGUUUAAAUUAGCUAUGAGUGCUUGUCCUUAUAGAAAGGAUUUCUUUGAAAAAUUAGGAGCUGAUCAAGCUAAAGUUAAUCAACAAAUAUUAGAAUGGUUAGAAGCUUUAGAAAAAAUCGUUAAAUCCAUCUUUGAAUUCUUUGCUUCUGGUAAUUACGGUAAAGGUUUAUAAGUUUUUGAUUUAAAAAAAAUUUUACUCAUUUCUCACAAUUUUAAAUACACAU